CCGUAAUUACCAGCGCCCCUUCCCACAGCUGGCCCUCCCCGAUGCCACCAUGACGGACUUCGAGUGGCCUUGGCAGUAUCAGUUUCCUCCCUUUUUCACACUUCAACCCAAUUCGGAUGUGAGGAAGAUCCAGCUAGAUGCCUGGUGUGCGCUGGUCCUCAGUUGGGGGAAGAGCAACAACGUCAGUCAGAUUGAUGUGACGGAGGCCUCUAGCUUGCCUGUCUUCAGGAACUCUGCCAUCAGUCGUGCUUUACCAGCUGAUGCUAUUGCAGUUGUUUUAGAAGAACUUGCAAAGCGAGGAAAUCUGGAGUGGACGGAUAAAUCGAAAAGGAGGGGUUACCUAUUCUGGAGAAGCCCUACCGAAUGGGGACAACAGAUCUACUCCUGGGCACAAUCCACGAGUCGUAUCAACACAGUCAGCACCCUCUAUGAAAUCAACCAGGGGGAUGAGACUGCAAGUGAAGAAUUCCAUGGCUUGGACAGCGACGUAUUGUUGAAAGCACUCAAGGCUUUAGAAGCGUCUGGGAAAGUAGAAAUAAUGGACUUUGGUGACAAUCAAGGAGUUAAAUUCCUGUGAAGCUUUAUCAGAUUAAACGCAUCCUUUCUGCAAGAUCCGGAAACCGGUGGCACGGGAAGACGAAGAUUUGCCGUGCGAUGUUUGUUGUUCUAAUUGAAGUUGUGGUGGAAUAUACUAAGGGAUUUUGAUAGUGUUACUUGGUGAUCACUGUUUUUUUUUUUUACUUUUUUCAUUACACAGGAAUUUCAGAGUCUGAUAUUCGGUUAAGAGGUGAACACAUAGGAUGCACAAGCUUUUUACAAUCAUGUUUUUUUUUUAUGAUUAUUCAAUGUUUAUAAAAGAGAUUGAUGUAGAAAACCUCAUGCUACUUAUAUAAAUAAUGGUCACAUUGUUAUGAGAAAAUCAGUGUGAUACAGUAACAAUGAAUAACAUGUGUAUAAUUUAUAAACAAGGCCUUAGUUUAUUUAACUUUUAAAAUGCCAGUAUAUAAUUGUGUUAAAAUAUGAAUUUUAUUACAGACAGUGAAUAGCUGUUUUUACUUGUCAAUUUCAGUAGGUCCUUCUGAUAUACAGACAGAAAUAUUAUGUAAUACAUUAAACUGAUAAUAAAUAUACUGAAACUCUGUAAAAUGGUUACAGUUAUGAUGAAAAACACAGCAAAGUGUGUGUGUAACGUAGUAUUAGACAUGACACAAGCCGUCCCUGUAGGAAAAUGUAGUGUUUUUGAUUUAACACUGUACAGAGCUGGUAUGACUAGGAAUCAUAGUAGUAAACUCGAAAUGACAAUUACAGAUAUGAAGGAUAACAUUAAUCAGAUUGCAAAAUGACAGUAGAUCAAUCUUGAAAAAAAAAAAAAAGUGAUUUUAAAAAAGAAAAAAGUUUAUUGUUUAGAAGGCCUUUGAUUGUCUCCUGAUGGAUUUUACUUAGGAUAUAUUCAGGGAGCAUUUGUGAUGCAAGAAACAGUGUCUAGAUAGAGUAAGGUAAAAGUGAUUGUUCUCACAUGCAUUUGUAGGUGUAACAGCAAAGAUUGUGUGCUUAUAUUAUACAUGUAAUAAUUUUAAUGUAAAAGUAUGAUACACUGUUAUACUUUGUUUAUGGUAAUCCAAGUUUUGAAUAUGGGAGUUUGGAUAUAAAGUGUAUUUAUAAUUUCUUUCUUAUCUUAUAGGUAAAGGAAGGAAUUAAAAAAAAAAAAUUAAUCAUUUUAUUACUGCAUAAUUUUUCUCAAUGGGGCAAAAUUUGUUCAUUAAUAGAUUGUUAAUUGGUCAGCAUAUUAUGUCAUGGCUAAUGAAAGAAUUAGUGUUUAGAAAUUUCCCCGGCCAGUUAGGGAAAAUUAUGCUUAUAGCUCAGUAAAAUUACAGUUGAUAUAUUUCUGACGUGGAGUUCAUGAUAAUCAGUAAUUAAUAAUGAUAAUGAUAAAUCAAAUAAUCAUAUAGAAUAAUGGUAAUCUGCUAGUCAUUCUGGGCAAUAAAUUCUUCAAGAUUUGCCUCCCAGAUCAGAUAUGGCAUAUUUUAUUUGAAAAUUCAAAAAAAGUUUUAUCAUGCAAUGUAUUUCAUGCUUCCAAUUUUCAAUUAAAAUACAAGUUUGAGAAGGAAAAAAAACUGGUAAGCAAUGAAUUAAAAUGUAUUUACUAAACAUGUAUUGUAUAAGACUGUUUUUUUUAUAUUAUCCCUUUUAACAAUAAUAUACCUUUA